AAUCGACUUUGUAGGGCAGUUGCCAUAGGUCUUCACUGUAUUCCAGCAUAUUUGAUCUGUAGGAUAUGAGUUACUUCGCUGCACCUGCACCUCAACCUCCACCGGCAGUGCCUCCUGCUCCAACUCCUGCAGCUGCUCCAACUCCUGCAGUUACUCCGCCUCCGCCAAAUUGUUCGGCGCCCAUGACCCCGAACACAGCAACACCAACAAAGAAAAAAGGAUGGUUUGGUCGAAAAAGCAGAACGCCAGCAGCAGGGAGUCGAAGUUCUCUGAACACGGAGAAAGAGCCACUUCUGGGAGGGGAGCAACAGAAGAAGCUGACACAAUUGAGAGUUAUGUUAAUGGUGGCGAUUAUUCUCUUAGUCGUGGCAGUUAUAUUCACCGUUGUUGUUUUGCUUCACGUCGUAGAAGUGCUUAAUGUUGUGCAAAGCCUUCGACCAUAUGACUGUACAGACUGAAGAGGAAAGUGAAUGACAGAAAGCUUUUACUUUUGUCACGGUUC